CACACGCUCAUUUUUUCUCUCACUCCACACUGUCAUUUCCGUAUUUUCAAUUUCUUUCAAUUUCUUUCCGCUUAUUUUCAAUUUAAUUUUUCUUGAAGAAAAAAGCUUUUUUUUGCGAUAUGACACCAGCAGAAAUACCAGAGCCAGCGGCCGCAGCACCAGCAUUAGCACCAUCGGUCGUGGCAGACACACAGGAGGCCGAGUGGAAGCACCAGGCUCUGCACAACAGGACAAUACUAGGCCAGGCGGACGGCACGCUGACGAUUGGCCGCAGCGGCACCUGCUCGCUCCAAAUUGGACGCAAAGCAACCACGAUCUCACGACUGCACGCACGCCUAACACACGAACACGAAACCUACACUCUUUAUAUUCUCGGCACCAACGGCGUCCGCAUCAACGGUACCCUGCACAUGGCCGGAUCCCACGCGGCACUGCGCUCCGGCGAUGACCUGAACUUUGUUGGGAUCCGGUUUAGGUUCCGCGAACCCACUGUGGCAACGGCAGCUGUGGUGGAGCCAGAGGAGGAGUGGUGGCCGGAGCCCGUGCGCAAGAGAUUGGGCGCCGAGGACGAGUGGCUGGAUGCGGGCAAGCGCGCGCGGGUGGCUUUUGGGGAUUCCACCGACCCACUCCCACUCCCCACGGGCGUCUCCCUCGUCGACCUGCUUGUGCAAACCAUGGUGUUCUCCGCGCGUACCUCACACACCAUCAGCGAUCUUCUUCGCGACAUUGGCCACGCGGACUCAUCGGGUUCCGACGCUGCUUCGCUGUGGCGCCACCAUAUUACGCGCACGCUGUUCACUGUCAAGUGCUUUGGUCGUGUGGAGCGCCGUGUUAAGGAUGCUUCGGAUCGCCGCGCGGAGGACAAGUGGUACUAUGAGGCCGCUCGCGAUGAGUGUGAGGAGAGGAGUGCAAAUUUUGGCGGUCUUGUGAGGACCGCCAGGAGGUGCACGCUGCGCGAUACCCAGUACUUCUUUAAGCAGGUGCCCAAGCUGCCAUCGUUCCGGUACAAGUGAAACGGAUUUUAAUCGAUCUUGGUUUGUGUUUUGAUACGAUCUGCUUUUUCCUUCUUUUUUUUCCUUUCCCAACUAAAUCGAUUCUGCCUGGAUGAGGGGGGAGGCGAGUGAGAAAAAAAGAAAAAGAAAAGGGUUUAGGAAAACCAAGGAUGAAAAAAUUAUGCGGUUUUUUUGCUUUAUUUUCCAAACUGCUUUUGAGCGUCUGAUCGCAAUUUUUGUUAUUUCGCUCAAACGACUUAACUUUUUUUAUGUACUUUUUCUCUUAAACUUUUAAACAAUGCUAAAAAAAAAUAUUUGUUUCCCAGAAAAAAGGGUGGCGCGUUGAGUACAUGCCUACGGGCCUCGUCCUCCUGCCAAACAAUCCCGAAGAAAAAAAGCACAGCCAAAACUCCAAAUUAA